CACCCAUUUUCAACACACACACACACAAUCACACCUCAUCUCAUCAAUAUAACCAAGCACACAAACACAUUCCCCAUUAUUCCCCUAAAAGAAAAGAAAAGAAAAGAAAAGAUGUCGUCAGAGAAAGUGUGCAGCCACCACAAGAGCAAGCGGCGGAAGGUCCUCCGCAAGUGCUGCGCGGCCCUCCUGGUGUUCAACUUCCUCCUCCUCCUCGUCAUCCUCCUCGUGUGGGCCAUCCUCCAGCCCAAAAAGCCCCGGUUCCUCCUCCAGGACGCCACCAUCUUCGCCCUCAACGUCUCCGCCGCCAACGUCAUCUCCACCACCGUCCAGAUCACCAUCCUCUCCCGCAACCCCAACUCCCGCAUCGGCGUCUACUACGACAAGCUCGACUCCUUCGCCACAUACCACAGCCAGCAGAUCACCUACUACACCGCCAUCCCCCCCGUCUACCAGGGCCACAAGGACGUCAACGUCUGGUCCCCGUUUCUCUACGGCAACUCCGUCCCCGUCGCCCCUUACAACGGCCUCGCCCUCGCCCAGGACCAGUCCAACGGCGCCAUCAAGCUCACCGUUAAAAUUAACGGCCGCGUCAAAUGGAAGGUCGGGUCGUUUGUCUCCGGGCGCUACCACCUCCACGUUUCCUGCCCCGCCUACAUCCCGCUUGGGAAUUCUAAAGCCAACGGAAUUGUGGUUGGUGCCGGAGUUAAGUAUCAGCUCUCGCUCAGCUGUAGCGUAAGUGUGUGACAUACGCCUAUACUUUUACUUAAAUUAUAUCCUUAAUAAUGUUGUUGUCUGUGUUUUAACUAUAUUGUGCACAUUUUUAUCUUUCGUACUACUACUGUGAAUUGGAAAAAACACCAGAAUUACUCCA